CGAACCGAAUAAGCCUGGGGAAGCGGUCAGUGGGAGAGGUCAUUAUAAAGCUGCUAGGAUGGUCUUUGUUUUGAACGGGGACGGCGUGGGUCCCACAUGCUCUAUCUUACUUUACUAAAAUUUUAUCUUAAUUAGUUUAUGUUUCCAAUUUCGAGCAGGUUUCGGAUUUGGUAGCUCGCCUUCGGGAUGACGUGUCGAGUGGUUCCCGGGCUGCAUCUUUAUCCAAAAACUAAGGAUCAGAGGGGAACACUUCGUAUGAACAGAUCAGUCAGGGGAAUCUAAGUGCGGAGAAUCGAAUCGGAUCGGAUUCUAUCACAAAGCCCGUAUCCGCACGAGGUCCAUGUCUGGCGUCAUCACUAAGUGGGUAUCCACACGUGGCUGCAUUGGGGAAGCGGGAACACGUUAACUUACAGCGUGGCGGAGGAGCAGAUUAAGGCUGGCAAAAAGAAGGAAGAACGCCCGAUGGAAGCUACGGGUAGUGUCAUUCGGAAGAGGAAAAGGGUGAGCGAGAAGCGAAAACCCCUCGCCUCAGAGUCGGAGAUCGAUUCCCUGUCAUCUCAAGUGGAUCGCUGGGAUCUCACGUCUCUUACUUUGACGCUUCCGUGCGCUUGCGACUGGUUCUUCGUCGUUUCUAGCAAUUGGGGUGCUGAUUCAGGUUGUGGGUGAUAUUCACGGAAGUCAAAGAUAAGGCAUAUGAGUCGUCAAAGAAAGGAUUUACUGUGCUGAAUGAUAAUGUUUUUGGGAAUUUAAGUGCAGAUUGAGGAAUUGAUCCGUCCAGGGAGAAAUCUAUAAUAUUACUAUCUCAGGAGAAUUAAAAGAUUACACCACCCUAUUUGAUGAAAGCUUGAAACUGUGACUUUCCCUGGUGAUUUAUGAUAUUUUCCAAAGAGUAAAUUCAGCUAUGAUCCAUAGCGCAUUACAUAAGCUGGAGCAUCAAGUCGGUGAUGGGACCUCCAAAAAGGCAGUUUGAAGGUGGGUACCUUAAUGCGGUGUCAGUUUCCAAUAAGGGAGUUUGAAUACUGAAUAUUGUUGAUAUGGAUCCAAAGAAAAGUGGGAACUGUGUUAGUAAAGAUGAUUCAGCAAGGACAAAUAUUGAUGAAUCAUUGGCUAAUGUUGAUCCAAUCUUAGUGACUGACUAUAAUAAAAUAUCGGAACAGGCAAAUGAUAGAGCUGAUCAAACAAGUGGUAUAGCUGGUCAGGGUAUUUCCAUCUUCACUAUGUUGAAAGACACCAGAUCAAAAGGUGAUAGGACCAACAAAAUUGGAGGGAAGAAUGACUCAUCAGUUAUCAAUUGUUCUACUUAUUUGUUUGGGGCUUCUGAAAUUGUCCCAACCAUCACUCAUGCCAAUGAGGCAUCAUUUCAUAACCUUCGAGUGUCACCUGUCCCAGAAGACAAUAAUGAUGCGGCUUAUAUCCAAGCUUAUUCUAGGAUGGAGGGAAUGCUUCCACUAGAAAUUUUACCACACAACCCGAGAGAUGGCUCACUAAGUAUUGACACCAUAGGAAUCAAUGCCAAAUUUGAAGAUUGUGAUUCCCACGCUGGGGUUGCUCUAGCUUUACACACUAAAACCAACUUAUCCCCAGAGAUGUCUUCAAACUCAUACAAGCUGGAAGUUACCAGUCCUAUCAAGGGUGACAAGAAUGUGGAAGUAGAAAGAGUAAGCGGUUGCACACUUGAAAUUCAAGAAAUCUUCUCAGGUGCGACUUGUAUCUCUCAGUCAGUUUCUGUGCCUGUUGAGUCUUUUGAUCCUAUUAGGCUAUACGUAUCAGAUAAGGAAGCAGCUGGCAACAGUGUAGUUGCAGAGCAGACUGUGGACAACUCUGGUGUGGCACGUCAAUAUGAGGUUGACUCUUUAGAAGCCAGCCUAAAGUCCCUUCAGUUUGGCCUGGAGGAAGGAAGAAGUGUGCCUCCAUCACCAAUUACACGGGGGUUAAUACAAGAACUAGCUUCUCCAAAUUUACUCAUGAAGCAACAUAAUCGGUUGGAUUCACAUAAUGAAGAAUGUGCUAAUUUCUUAUUUGGAUUAGAGAACAAGUCUAGUAAUGAUUCAUCCGGGAACACUUUUAAAAAGACAUCUACCUUAGGCACUGAAGAUGAAUCAGAAUCUGCGAAAUCAAAUAUUGAUAAUAAAUACAAACACUUUAACAAGGAGGAGAAACUACUUGCUUCUUCAUCUAAAAGACGUAUCAUGUCUUAUAUGACCAAGGACCAGGUCGCAAGUUCAAAUUUUGCGCCACCUUAUACAGGAUAUUUUUUGAGAUUUUCAAGAAAAAAGUUAAUUGUUCUUGAUCUGAAUGGGUUACUAGCUGAUAUCAAUCGGGGUAAUGCUCGUACCGCACAUAAGAGAGUUGGAGGGAAAUCAGUUUUCAAAAGGCCCUUUUGUGAUAAUUUUCUUAAGUUUUGUUUCGAGAGAUUUAAUGUAGGUGUCUGGUCUUCGAGGGGAAGAAACAAUAUGGAUCCUGUAGUUGACUAUCUCAUGGGAGAUUUGAAACAUAAACUGUUAUUUUGUUGGCGACGGCGCCAACCCUCGUCGAGCGCCGGAGACGACCAGGGCAAAACGAGCGAUGAGAAGGAGCACGAAGAAGGCGAGCAAGGGGCACGUCCAGGAUCGACGGACAAGAAGGCUGAAGAACCCUCGACUAAGUUGGUUGCCUCGGCGGUGUCCUCCAUGCCGCCCCCGCCCUCCCGACCACCUCCGCCCUCCCAACCGCCUCCGCCCUCCCAGCCGCCUCCGCCCUCCCCGCCCAAGGAUCAAUCGGAGGUUGAACUGGAAUUGAAGUUUUUGCAAUCUCUGGAAUUUUAUCCUCCUGCUCGACUGCUGGGCAUCCACCGUCAUUUUGUUCUUUACGGGAUGAUCGAGUAUUUGCAAAGGAGCUCUGAUAGGCAGUUCAAGGCCGAGGAUGUUUUGCAGUUGCUAGAUCGCUUUUACAAUUUAGAAGCAAUGAAACCAGAUGAUGAGGAUGUAGAAGUUUUAAAGAAAGAAGUUGAAUUUUCUUUACCUGAAAGUUUUUUCAGCUACCCCAAACACAAUCGCAAACACAAAUAAAUUUUUUUUAUAUAUUUCUGGAUUUCUUUGGCUUCCAACUUGUCACCGGCAAUAGCUGCCAUUUUUGGCUCAAGUUGAGGUCUUCGACCACUUCAACUGGAUUGAAUUGGCCUUUUUUUUUUUACAAAAAAGCUUUUGUCACAGCUACUAGAGUUACUCAUUUUUGACUAAUACAAUUCAUUCCUUGUGUGUGUUUUUAUGCAGAA